AUGAGUAUUUUCACGGAGAAAUAUGAUCCAAAGAAUGCGAAAAAUAAAAAAAUAAUAAAAAAUAAUUAUGAUGACAUUGUUUACAUUAAAUCUUUUGACGAAUUGUCUUUAAAAAAAGAUUUAUUAAAAGGUAUUUACAACUACGGUUUUGAAAAGCCUUCGGCAAUUCAGCAAUGUGGUAUUCAGCCUGUUAUUGAAGGUCACGACGUCAUAGGACAGGCUCAAUCUGGUACCGGUAAAACCGCAACUUUCGUUAUUGCCAUGCUCCAAGUUAUUGACGAGACUUUGGAUAAACUUCAAGGAUUAAUUCUAGCGCCUACAAGAGAAUUAGCUGCUCAAAUUCAACGUGUGACUGACGGUAUUGGUACCUUCUUAAACAUCAGCUGCAUCACCUGUAUUGGUGGUACAAACACUUCUUACGACAUUGAAGCGUUAAGAAAAGGUGUGCAUAUCGUGGUUGCUACUCCAGGACGUAUCAGCGAAUUAAUGAGACUUAAGAGGUUCCCAUACCAGGACUUAUCGGUCGUCGUUAUUGACGAAGCUGAUGAAAUGCUUUCAAGAGGUUUUAUCGACCAAGUAACCGACAUAUUAUCUUAUAUCGACCAAAACAAAUCCGGCAACAUUGUUUUAGCCAUGUUCAGCGCCACCAUGCCUAAAGAAAUUCUUGCUUUGGCAGAAACUGUACUUGAAAAUCCCAAGCGUAUUUUAGUUAGAAGCAGUCAAUUGACUUUAGAAGGUAUCAAACAGUUCUACGUUAACACUGAAAACGACGAACAUAAAUACUCGGUCUUGACCGAACUCUACGAAACCAUUGAAAUUCAGGCCUGUAUCAUCUAUGCCAACUCUAGAAAGAGAGUAGAGGACUUAGCUAUGAAAAUGACCGAAGACAACCACACCGUCUCCUUCAUUCAUGGUGACAUGCCCCAAAAGGAAAGAGAAGGUAUCAUGGAGCAAUUCAGACUCGGUUCAACUCGUGUUCUCAUCACCACUGACUUACUCGCCAGAGGUAUUGACGUUCAAACUGUUUCACUUGUUAUCAAUUACGACCUACCCUCCAAUUAUGAAAAUUAUCUUCACAGAAUCGGACGUUCCGGAAGAUUCGGUAAGAAGGGAGUUGCCAUUAACUUUGCCAGCCGUAACGAUAUGAACAUUAUUCGUGGACUCGAGCAAUUUUAUCAAACUCAAAUUCAACUACUUCCCGAAAGUCUUAUCGACGUUAUUGAGGGAAAUAGAAAAUACAUAAAAUGUCUAUACGUCUAUAACAAAAUAGAUAUGCUAAGUAUCGAUCAAAUUGACGCUUUGAGUCAUAUUUAA